AUGCCUGAAACAGUAUUAGAGGAUUCAAUAUAUGAAGAUGCUGUUAGUUUUACUACUAAACCAUAUGAUUCUGUUUAUCCUCAAAUAGAUUCAUCAAUUGUUAAUUUACCAGUAACAUUACAACGAUUACCACGAAAUAAUAGUAUGAGUGGCAAUGGACUAGUUUCUACUAUUAAUUUCAAUUCUAAAUCAUUAUCAUCUGAAAGAGAGCACUUUAAUAAUAUGUCCUUACUGAAUGUUAAUCCAUCAUCAACGUCAUCAUCCACUGUUUUGAAAGAUGUUAAUUUUAAAAUUUUACAAACAAAAUUAUCUCUUGAAAAAGAUAAACAAUGGAAACAACAAGAAUUGGAAGUAGUCAAACGAUUAGAUCGUCCAAUGUAUUAUAAACCACCAAGUCAUGAUUUUAAAGAUGGAUUUUAUGGAAUUAAGGAUUGUCUUCCUCCAAAUGUCAAACUUAAUGAUCAAUCCCCACAACAACAAGAGGAAAACGAUAAUAGCUUUAAUAAAGCAACCAAGUUUCCAAUAUUUAUUAAUGCAGCAACAGCAAAAAGAGCAAAAGACAAUAAAACACAUGCACAAGUAUUACAAAGUAUAAGAAAUGAAUUGAAUGAAGAUGAUAUAAAUGAUAAUGAUGAUGAUCCUAAUAGUACUGAUAAUCCACGAGGAUCUUGGGAAAAUCCUGUUGUAAAAGAAGCAAUUUCAAGACAAAUUAAUCUUGAAUAUCAAAUGAAAUCAUUAAUACGGAAUAUUAUUUAUUUACUGAUAUUUAUUUUAUUCAAAUCAUCAAUUUCAAAAUUAUUCUUAUUAUUAUUAACUGCCAGAACCAUAUCACCAACAGAAUCUGAUUCUCAAUUAUAUAACUAUAGUCAUAAUAAUCAUAUGAUAAAUUCUCAAUCGUCACCAUUAUCAAAUACCACUUCAAAUUUGACAUUUUAUUUUGUAUUAAUAACAAAAUUAAUUAUGGGAUAUUUCAUUAUUAAUAUAAUUAUUUCUGGUUUCAAAUUAUUAAAAGGUCAAGAUCAAUGUUAUGAUUUACCAUUAACUAUCCAUCAACGGAAAUUAUUAGGAUUAAAAGUUAAUGAUGUUCCAGAAGAUUAUGUAAUUGAUGAAAAAGCUGAAAUGAUUUUAAAACAAAGAAGAUAUGAUUUAUUAAAGAAUAAAGGUAAGUCUGUCAAUAAUCAACAACAACAACAACAACAACAACCACAAUCAAUACCAAAAUAUAAAAAAUUAAAUGAUUAUUAUUGUUCAUCUUAUUAUGAUGGUGUUAAUGAAGCAGAGGAAGAUUCUAUGUUUAAUAUUAAUCCUCAAUUUAAUGAUAAGAAUAAAGAUAGCUCAUUGAUUAAAAAUCAAAGUUUAUAUCAACCAAGACAUGAUGAAGGUGGUAGUAAGUCUAAUAAUCCUAUUGAAUUGAAUAAUCAAGUAUCGACUCUGGGUUUGAAGUUUUUAGGAAAUCAAACUGUUCUUGGAGUCCAAAAUAAGAAUAUGAAUUCAAAAUAUUCAUUACAAACGAUUCAAAAAGCACAAUCUAAAUUUGAAAAAAAUUUUGAUAUUCAAUUCAAUUGUAAUUGA